UUCCUAUGCAAGUAGUCCACUGACAAUGGGGGCGACUUUUGUACUGUUGGUGUUUUUGACAGUAGCUUCACAAACUGUGGCAAAGCCCAAACAUGGCUUCACUCGAUAUCCAUCAUGGAACACUAGGAUGUACCCAAUUUGGAAAGAUGAUGACCUGCGGUACAAGGAUUCCUGGAAGGGUGGAAGAGUAAACUUCAACGUUGGAAAUGAUUCCCCAACUCUGACAGGAGCCAAAAUCACAUUCACCAUAGAUUUAGAGUUCCCUCAAAACCAAAAGGUCCAGCCGGAUGGAAAUGUAAUUUGGGCCAAAAACUGCACAGUAAACGGAACAAAGUAUUAUGAAUCUGAGGCAGUAUUCCCACACAACACAAACUGGGAAGCUGUUUUCCCUGAUGGAACACCAAUAACAAAAGAUAGGAAGCCAGCCUAUGUAUUUGUGUGGAAAACUUGGGAUAAGUACUGGCAAGUUGCAGAUGGGCCAACCUCUUCACUGACCAUUGAUACAGAUGACAUUCCCCUGGGGUCAUACACUAUGGAUAUUGUAAUUUAUCACUACCGAAGCAAAGAAAGGUUUAUUCCUCUGGGAUAUGCCUCCACUCAGUUUUCCAUCACCGAUCAAAUCCCCUUCUCUGUCUCCCUGGACCAAGUGAAUGAUGUCAUAGCAGGAGACAUGCGCUUUGUUCAAAACAAAGCAAUUGCCUUCACCAUUACUCUGCAUGACCCAAGCAAGUACCUCAGUAAUGCAGAUAUCACUUUCAACUGGGACUUUGGGGAUGAAAGUGGAGCUCUAAUAUCCAGAGAGUUGACUGUGACUCACACCUACACCAGUCCUGGCUCAUACAAACCUCAGGUGGUGAUUCAAGCAGUCAUCCCAGACAAAGCCUGCAACCCACCAUCUUCUAGCGCUACCCCAGCCCCUAUUAGACCAAAUGAUCAUACCACCACAUGGACAGUCCCAACGUUGCUUUCUGCUGUACCCAUAAUCAUCACAAACAAACCAACUGGAAUGAAUGCCAACAUGGUUCCCUCAGACACAGAGGAGGACAACACUGAGGGUGAAGCCUCCACUGCGUCUGCGACUCAGUCAACCCAGGAAACACCCACACUGGUUAAGACUCCAUCCCUAAUCAACCAGUUGCCAAACGCUGAUGUGAAAGGGAAAAAACUGGCAACAGAAACAGAUACAAAGAGAUCAGUGACAUUAAGAGGUAGAACUAAAGUUGUUGCUAAGAGGGAGGCCGACGAAAAGCCACGUGAUGAUGGCUGUGUGAUAUAUAGAUACAGUUCCUUCUGCACGGCCAUUGAAAUUUUGGAGGACAUUCAAAAACUAAAUAUUCAACAAAUGGAGAGCACUAUGAAGUCAAUGUCUGGAAAGCACGUCAAUGUUUUGGACAUUACUGUUACUUGCCAGGGAGGUUUUCCAAGAGAGGUAUGUAGUGUUAUUCUGGAUGAAGACUGCUUGAAGCCUAUUCACAUAACAUGUAAUAUUGUUGAGCCCGCCAAAGACUGCCAGCUGAUGCUACGUCACUUUUUCAAUGACUCUGGGGUCUACUGCAUCAAUAUUUCGAUGUCAAAUGAUGUCAGUUUAUCUGUCACCAGUGCCAAAGUCAACAUUGACAUGGGCUCAGGUCUGCCCUCUCCUGGCCCCUUUGUCAUGCUGCUGGGUACCGUUGUCCUCAUUCUGGCAUUGGGGAUAGUUAUUUACUCUUACAAGCGUUUUAAGUCCUACAUUCCCUUGAAGGAAAACAUUACUGGAUCAGAAGGCCUGCAUCAAAGCGGGGCCCAAAGCUGCUCUGGACCCUUAAUGUUUUGGUACUCACUAAGAAGACAAAGAAGCAUCGACAACUGCCCUCUACUCCAGGACAGGUCACUGUAAAUGAAAACCUACACACAACCUGAGAAAAACAGCUUUUGAUGUGAUUACAAGCUGACUAUGGCCUUUUGUACUUAUUUUUUACUUUUUAAGAAAAACUUCACGAACGUGUAUGUUUGGAAUUGAAUCAAGCAAUAUCCUGUAAUCUUGUCAGAAAAAUUUUGAUUCUUUUUUGUACCUGCUUGAAGCAUAUUUGAAUGUCAUUUAUUUCAUUUGGAAACAGCUGAAUUGGAAGAUGUUUCAAAUAAACAUUGUUUGCAUGUUAAUUACUUUUUAGAAUGUAUUACCUUAAAGCGUGCACCAUACAGGGGUUAAUAAAAAAGAAAUACUGUACUAAUACAGUACUGUGAUGUUGAACUUCUUGAAUUAUUGCCAAAAAUGUAGGCUUAAGUACUAUAUCCCUCUGAUAUAUUAAUUGUAUUAAAAAUGGAAAGGAAAAAGCUGUCCCUUUUCCCUUUUAAUACACAGUAAAUAUGCUGUCAUAAAAAGUUCACCGUACCAAAUCCUUGACUUUUCAAUAAAAGGAUAAUGUCUGUUUAGACAGCCAAAAGAAGGGGAUGACAUGUUAAAAAGUCCAAAAGGCCUCUUUCAAAUCUGGAACUGCAGUAUUUAGGAGCUUCGGGUCAUGUACUGCCAACGCAUUUAGCAUCCAGUGUAGACACUGAUAUACAUUUCUUUCACUAUGUUGUAUUACCCUUUAAUACCAUAUUUAUUAUUUUUUAUAUAGUUUCUGAAAUCUUUUGCAUCUGGACCUUUUGCUUCAUUUAUUGGUAAAACCUUUGCUCAAAACCCUGUUGGACACAAUCAGUUAUACCUGAUAACAGUGGGCAGAAAACAACAGUAACAAUUGUUUUGACUUAUCGCAUGGUAAUUAAUCAAAGAUAUUUAAAAAAAUACUUCUG